AGGCGAAAUUACCGACUUCGCACUAAAUUCGGCAAAUGUGGUCGUGACCGCCAUUCUGGGUGCUAUCAUGAUCGUUCGGUUAUAUGCCAUGUAUCAAGGAUCGAGAAAUAUACUUAUCUUUCUCAUCGCAAUCUUCCUGACUGUCAACACCACUUCUGCAGUGGUCGCUGCAGUAGGCUUCAGCAAUACUUCAGGAGAGGAGCUCAUUCUCUCCGGUACCUACCAGUGCACUCACAGCUCCACGGGUGACCCAAAUCUGGUAUUAGUGAUCUAUAUACUCAACACUGUAUGGGAGGUCCUCGCACUGUGUCUUGCCGUCUGGAUUGCUGUAAAACAAUUCCGUGACUCAGGCUUGCGACGAUUCAGAAUAUCGACCCUUGGGGACUGUCUCAGAGAGUUGAUAAAAUCUCACGUAUUUUACUUUGGAAGUUUUUUUGCUGCAUCUUGCUUGAACUUCGGUUCUUUUGCUCCAACAAUCGCGGACUCAGAUUCUAUGGGAGUCGUCAUAUAUUCUGGCAUUUCUGUCAUCAUCGCUAUGGUGCAGAUGUUUGUACUUGGUCCACGCCUCAUCCUCGACGUUCGAGAACACCACGCUAAACUUAUAGGCACCUCUGACGCAGGAACGAACAUGACUUCAAUUAUUUUCCAAGAGCAUGUACACGUGUCAACUGGCAGUUGCGUGUAGCACGGGAAUCCUUGUUGGGCGCUAUGCAGGGAGCAGGAGAAGUUUCUUGGGAGGUCAGGUACUUAAAUAAGUUAUAUUCCGAACAUAGUCCAAAGAGCGAAUAAUAUUGAUAAUGUUCACUUUCAUGAAAUCCC